AUGGAUGACCCCAGUAUCUUUGACCUCCACUAUGUCCUCAGUAGCUGUGCUACCAUGUCACCUGACGAGGAGGAAGAACUUCGUGCAGCACGCCCCACACUUAACCUCCUCAACGUCAAAUACGAGGUUUCGGAAAAGGUCGGACCCUGGUGGAAGGGUGCCUGCUUCAGAAGGUCUAAAUCUAAAACUGUGUUGAGAGAUUUUACUGCCCAAUUCCGAGGGGGAGAAAUAGUCGCCAUCCUUGGCAGUUCAGGUUCGGGAAAGACCUCGCUGUUAGACGUGAUAGCAUGCCGGACGAGUGGGAAGGUAAGCGGAAAGGUUUACUACAAUAACUACGAAUGUAGCAAGGAAGUAAUCAAGCAAUACGGAGCGUACGUCAUGCAGGCCGAUCGUCUGCUCGCCAACCUGACAGUCAGGGAGACGCUGCAGUUCUCUGCUUUCCUCCGACUUCCGGGACGGACUACUUCUCAAGAGAUAGAAAAUAAGGUGAAUAAAGUCAUACAAGAAAUGGGAUUGAAAAACGUGGCGGAAUCAAAGAUUGGUGGUACAGUAAAUCGUGGAAUAUCUGGCGGAGAACGACGACGAGUUACCAUAGCAAUACAACUGCUUCAAGAUCCAAAGAUACUAAUGCUGGAUGAACCUACAACUGGCCUUGACAGUUAUACAGCUAGAUAUCUGGUGUCCAACCUAGCCGACAUUGCCCAUAAUAGUGGAAAGCUUGUCAUUCUCACCAUCCACCAGCCUCGCUCUGAACUCUUCAAGCUGUUCGACAAGGUUUGCAUCAUGAGCAUGGGGGAGCAGGUCUUUCUCGGCAAGUCAAAUGAGCUAGUCGACUACUUUGCUCAAAUAGGUCAUCCUUGUCCGACGUAUGCCAACCCUCUUGACCACUACAUUGAUCUGGCAAGUGUUGACCGGAGGAAUCACGAGAGCGAGUUUGACUCAGCGACGCGCGUGAAAGCUCUGGUUCAGACUUUUUCCAUGUCUGAGAUCCACAAUGAAACACUUAACAUGGUGAUGGAAGAAACCAUGAAGCCAUCGACACGCCGCACGCUUGUGCUCUUCUACAAGCCCCGCCCACCUAAUAUAUUCCGUAUCAUAAACGCUCUUGUACGGCGGAUGAUGGUGAAUCUCGGUCGAGAUCGGACGAUCUAUAUUAGCCGUGUAUUUCUCCUAUCACUUUUCGUCCCCUUUAUCUGUGCUUUCCUGGGACAUAUGAAGACCAACCAGGAGAGUAUACAGGACAGAGUCGGUUUGAUGUACCAGUCUCUCAGUGUACCGCCCUACGUCGCCAUUCUUCAUGGGGUGGGCUUGUUUCCACCUAUGCGUGAUAUGUAUUACCGAGAGACAAGAGAUGGACUUUAUGGAACAGUGGCUUUCAUGGUUGCCUACGUCCUACAUAUCGUACCCUUUACACUUUUCUCCAGCUUUGUCUUCAGUAUCAUCGUCUAUUGGGUGACGGGGCUUUAUCCGGAAUGGCAGAGGUUUGGGAUAUACUACGCUGUGGUUUUCGUGCUUCACCUGGUAGGGGAGAUAAUGACUGUCGGAUGUAUGGGCGUGUUCCAGAAUGGGCAAAUAGCCAACAGUACAAUCACGCUUAUUCUCACCGCGUCCCUGCUCUUCUCAUCAGGUCUUCUCAGGAGCCUUGAGAGUAUGAUAGAGAUAUUCCACUGGGCCGCCUGGUUCACAAUACACAAGUACAGCACGGAAAUUUUAGUAGCAAACGAGUUCCAUGGCUCAAACUUUACAUGUGCAACAGGCCCAGGGUCUGCGCCAUGUCAGUUUCGCACGGGGGACGAAUACCUGGAGGCAUUUUACCCAGAUGCAGUCGACAACUUUUACCGGAACUUUGGCGCUAUCGGAGGUUUCAUUCUCUCAUUCCUCACUGUCACUAUCAUUGCUUUCAAAAUCAGGGGAAUUCCUAAUCUCAAUUGA